AUGGCGUCGCCCAACCCUCGCGCCUACUUCCAGCGGUACCCCACGCUCUUCGCGCCGUUCUACGGCGACGACGAGCGCGCCACGAUGCUCAAGACCAUCGUGCCCAAUCGCGUGUGGUGCCUCGAGCAGAACCUCGCGGUCGGCCCUCUGGAGACCCCGCUUCGAUGCGUGGUGAUCCGGCUCGAGGACGACUCCCUCUGGGUGCACGCCCCGCUCGCCCCCACCGAGGAGUUCUUCCGCCUCAUCGAACGCGAUGGUAUCGGCGGGACGGUAAAACACGUGGUGGUGCCCACGUACGCUUUGGAGCACAAGGUGUUUGCGAGAGACGCGUGCGACCGAUGGCCCGACGCGGACCUGUGGAUCGCCCCGGGGCAGUUCGCGUUCCCGUUGGAGGUGGCGGCGGAGAGGAUAUACGGCAGGACGCCCGCGGGUGUGCUCGGGGACGUGAGUGACAACUCCGGGGUUUACGGUGGGGCGGGUCGGACUCCGCCGUGGACGAAUGAGAUCGACGUGAAGAUUCUCAACUCCGGAUCGUUCAGGCUCGGCGGCCGCGACGUGGGGCUGAGGGAGGCGACGUUCUUUCACCGAGCCACGCGCACGAUGGUCGUGACCGACUGCAUCGCGCUCAUCCCCGAUCAAAUCCCGCCCCUCAUCGACCCGGAGAAGCUGCUUUUGGUGGGCAAGAGGAGCACGGCGGAUCCCACCCCCGCGGUUGGCUCGCCGGGCGAUACCCCAGCGGCUCGACUCGCCGGCUGGAAGAAGAUGACGCUGCUCAUAAACUACUUCUUCCCCGAGCACGAGGAACCCGCGCCCGGCGCUCCCGGGGUGGUGGAGUGGACGGACGGGUGGGAGGAUAACUUCGCCGCCAUCUCCGGCAGGCUGUUCGUGCCGCCCGUCGUGAGGAGCCUUUUGUACGCGCAGGACCCGGCGGGGGUGCGAGCGUGGGCGGAUUCCGUCGCUGAGGACUGGUUCAAACCCGUGGUGUCGACGCCCGCGUCGCUGACGAUCGUGCCCGCGCACUGGGACGGGCCCGUGGAGAACGUGCGCGUGGAGGAUUUUUUGCGAGCGUACCGGUGGCUCGACGACCCGACGUCGGAUCCCUUCCCGGAGGCGGACAUGGCCAGGGGUUUGCAGCCGGUGAUCGACGCGGUGUUCGGCACGAAGACGAAGGCGGACGAGUCGCAGGGCAGCGGGCUCGACCUGUUCUUCUCGUCGUUCCCCACGCUCGCGUCUCGGUUCAAGGGCGGUGAGUGA